AUGUGUAGUUUGCUCAUUGGUUAUUCUGUUGAUUGUAUGAGAUCUUCAGAUUCUGUUGAGAUAAAGAAAUAUUUCUCUGUAGAUCCUCCAAUCUGUAUUGUCAAAAAACCUGUUACUAACCAACCUGUUGUUAAUGCUUUACAAAUAAUAGUAGGAUUCUCAAUGAGUUCCAAACAGAUUACUCAUUCUCUUUUUCCAAAUUCUCUAGCACCCACUUGA